AAGGAACUGUCAGACAAUCUUAACGUUGGCAUCACUAGCAAAUUUAUUCAUGGUAAUUUUAAUAAAGGAAGUUGGCAGUUCCGCUUUUUGAUUUAUUAAUUUGAAAACAAAUGCCAAAAACAGUCAAACAGUUCUAACGUUGGCUACACUAGCAAAUUUAUUCAUGGUAUUUAUAAUAAAGGAAGUUGGCAGUUCCGCUUUUUGGUUUAUUAGUUUGAAAACAUGUCAAAAAACGUCAAAAUUUUGACAUUUCAAACAUAACCAAAUUUUCUAGAGACAAAAAAAGGUAACAAGGCACACCAACUUUUUCAAUCAAAGCGUGUUUGUUGAAAACACUUUUCUUUAAUUUCACCCAUUCAUUAAGACUUUCUAAUGAGGUAAUUUGUGUAAUUUCCUCGGGCCGGAAAUUCCGCACAAGUUCAAGUUUAUGUAAGAAGUGUAACCGACCCAUUGACCUAGAAAAUCUGCACUGAGAAGAAGAAGAUGCUCGAAACUGUUAGUCGUGCACGUGUUUCGCGUCCAAACUCCUCACAAAAAUGAAGAAGAAACUGUGCUUUCUUCUCCUUUACAUAGCCCCCAUAACGGCGGCGCCAAAACUGCCGAAUUUCGACAUUUGGAGUGACAACAAUGGAGUGAGCCCCGAUGUGGACGCCUCCCGCCUACCCAAAGUUUUGAAUUUUUUCCCCGUCCCGGUGGAGGAGGAAUGCCUCUCGGACGACCGGCGUCGCCGAGGCAUCUGCAUGAACGCCUACGAGUGCAAAAUCGAAGGGGGCACUUCCCACGGGGCUUGCGCCCUCGGCUUCGGCGUGUGCUGCGUCUUCACCGCCACCUGCAACGAAGAAAUCCACAAUAACAUCACCUAUUUCGUGAACCCCCAUUUCCCGGAUUUGUCCAAAGACAUGGACUCGUGUUCCCUCACAGUGAAGAAAAUUGACCCGGAAAUAUCGCAAUUUCGACUCGAUUUCAUCCAUUUUAAUCUAGGACAACCGAAUCGCAAAACCGGAGUUUGCGAAGACGAUGUUUUCGUCCUGAUUGGUGGACGGAGACAAUUGAAACUGUGUGGGUUAAACAGCGGCCAACACGUCUAUUUCGAUGUCGAGAAUUUGGAUUCGGUGGCCAGGAUCGAAAUGAAAUUGGGGAAAAAAGCAGUGACGCGUUUGUGGGAAGUCCGGGUUACCCAAAUCCCCUUUACCCAAAGAGCGCCCGUUGGGUGUUUGCAAUACCACACGGGAACCACCGGAACUGUCAAAACGAUGAAUUUCGCCGAAAAUGGCCGACAUUUAGCCGAUCAAGACUACAAUAUUUGCAUUCGACAGGAGCAAGAAAUGUGCAGUAUAGUAUACGAGCCGUGUCACGAGAACGCCUUCCGAAUAUCGCCGAACAAUGACGAAGAUGUGAUCGAGGAUGUGGGCUCGGGGGAAGCACCGGAAUCGAGAGCCGACGAGUGCUCGGAUAAAGUCGUAUUGCCGUGCGACUCCGAGGAUUUACUAAUGCCGCAAGCUGUCGGACCUGGUUUUUGUACAUUGGUACAUUGCGGGGAAUCCCUAUGCCCGGCCGGGGAAAACCCCUGUCGUAUCGAAAGCAGCAUCACGCCGUUCGUGAUCGGAGUCCAUUUCGGGUCCAGUGUGGGGGAAUCCCCGCCCGAUGAUAAUCUAGGAAUGUGUCUUAAUUACGAGCAAAUGCCAUGUAACGUGUGAUUUUUUUUUAAUUUAUUGUUAAAAACUAGUCAAAUAUAAAAAUUAGGAAUGUU